AUGGCGGACUCGACCUGGCAAGCGCAUAAGGCUGAGAUUGAACAGCUGUACAUAAAAGACGGUAAAACACUCCACGAAGUCAAAAGAAAACUCGAGUCGAUGCGGGGAUUUCGUCGAAGCAAAAAGCAAUACGAGAGGGCAUUUACAAAAUGGGGAUUCAAGAAAUACAAAAUGAACCCACAGAGGUGGAAAUACAUCAAUGUGAAAUUGCAGAAGAGAAAGCGCCAGAGCGAUGUAUUUGUUUAUGGGGAACGAUACCUCCCUGAAAGGAUUCGGAAAGGAAUAUCUCGCCAUGGCCAUGUAUCAACAGUCGAACUAUAUUCCGCUCCAUCUCCCGAGACGCCGGAGGGGAUUGUUGUUUGUACCCCUGAGCCAUCCGGCAACGUUAUAUUGGAGUGGCCCCGCGAGCUUCCUUGGCAACAGUUCCUCAGAAUUACUGGAAGCCAGAGUAGACCAGAAUAUGUGCCAUCUGUAUCGACCGCGGGUCAAUUUGCUCUCCACAGCAACGAUAUGCAGAUCCCUAAAUCGUAUCUGAUUGGAGAAAUGGAAUCAAUUCUCCCCUGGGCAGAUAAUCGAAGCGGCAUACAGAUAGCGAAAUGCUUGACUGUGCUUAUGCCAGAAGAAUAUGAAGGGCAGCAUUACGUAUCAUCUGAAGUGCUCCUUCGCAGCGACCAUCUAAUCGGACAACAAGAGUGCCAAAAAAUGUUUCUUUAUCUUCUAUCCAACAAUAUUCUUGACUUCCGAAAUAAAAUAAUGAUGCGACUAUUCCAGGGCUUUGGCCUAGAUGCACGUGAAGGUACCAGAGAGCUUCUUUUUAUAUCAAGUAUCACCGCAAGUGUUGCCGCCGAGAGGCUCUUUGGGCGCGCGCUGAAAACAGGGGAUCUUAAUACCGUUGAAAUGCUAUUGAAGGCUGGCAUGGAUCCGCAUACCCCAAUGUUGGAUGAUAGUUUGAGGCCAUUAACGCCUCUAGAAUAUGUGGCUUUUUCUGACCGUCAUGCCCGCUCCGUUUCUCACCAAAUGACUCGAUUGUUGUUGUCAUACCAUGCCCAACCCAACAAGCACCUAGGGAAACAUUCAGCAUUGCAAAGGGCUACCUCAAGCAAAGAUAAACGUUUGAUGGAUAUUCUUUUGUCCAGGGGAGCAGCGAUAUCCUCCCAUACACUGAAGGCUGCUGCAGAGACGUCCGAUGCCUCUGUUGUCAGAAUACUCGUGGAUGCAGCUCUUACUGUUAAUCAAAGAAUCCAGUUCAAUGACGAAAACUGGGGGGCUAUGCUUGGUAAAGCUGUUCACGAGAGCAAUUUGGAAAUGGCAAGGUCAUUUCUUUCUUGGGGAGCCGAUGUCAAUGCACUCCAGCCAUUACGCGGGGCAAGGGAUGAACGCCAAACGACUGUCCUCGGUAUAGCAGCUUACGCAGGAGAUAUUCCAAUGCUCGAGUUACUCUUAGCAAAUGGUGCUGUCGUCAAUCCCGAACUUCCUGGUGGGUCUUCAUCCUCUCCACUAGGGCUAGCCGUUGACGAAGGCCGCGCUGAAGCCGUAAGAAUCUUACUUUCCCGAGGAGGUGAUGUGAAUGCAUCUCACAGCGUGCCAUUUGGUGGAAAAGAUAUUCAAACAAACAUUAUGGGUUUAGCAGCAGCUAGAGGACAUGUUUCAAUCUUGGAGCUGCUACUCGACGCGGAUUCUGUUGUCAAUCCACACUUUGUAGAUGGAAACCUUCACGCCUAUCCGCUAGUGAUAGCUGUCUACUACGGACACGAAUCUGCUACUAGGUUCCUUCUGGAUGCUGGGGCCGAUCCUGACAUUCCAAUUGAAAUCUGGACAUCUAAUGGUAUCAGAAGACCACUUGGCUCACUUUUUGAAUGCUCACUUUUCAAGGGACAACUGAAUGUAUGUAGGGAUUUUUUGAAUGCUGGAGCUGCAGUAACGGGGCUCGCACUCCAAGAUUACUACUCGGCGAGCCUUCAAAAAUUUAUUCACCAACAAGAUUUUGAAUCGUCUAUCCAGCUUUUGCAACUUGAUAUUCAUCUCAACCAUGCUUAUGGUGCAUUUGGCCGUUCUCCGAGUACGCCGCUUGGGGCUGCCAUUGAGGUGGGAAAUAUCGAAAUGAUCAACACAUUACGCCGUGCUGGAGCAACCGAUUUGGGGCUCGCACUCUACCGCAUUGGAAAUAUGGAAACUGCAGAGUAUCUAGCAAGUGCUGGAGCUCUAAAUAGCAUCAUGCUGAGUGUAGGGGACCACAUAAUUCUCAAUGCGAUCUCUGCAAAGGAUAAACAACUGGCAUGCUACCUUCUAGACUGGGCACUAGAGCAGCAGAGCAGGGUUAUUAUCGAUAUCAUGUUUCGACCGAGGAGCACCCAUCCAGGUCCGCUUGAAGUUGCCAUCAACACACAACAGCUAGGAUUAGCAAAGACCUUGGUUGCGCAUGGAGCUCCUGUCACCAAUGGCGCCUUAGAGUGGUGCGAUAAAACCAUUGCCAACACCUGCUUGCGGUACAUAUCUUGUCCAUUCAGGAGGCAAAAUCAUGACCCCUCACCAAUACUUCGAUUCCCCAGUCGAUAA